AUGGUAAACACACAAACAGCAAUACAAACAGCAAUGAAAACCGUAACAGAAACAGCAACACAAGCAAUAAAUUUCAUAAGAGAGAGUGUCUCUGAAAUAUCACUAGACGGUAUUAAAGAUAUAAUAUACGCAUCUACUGAUGAGCAGAUUGAUUUAAGAAACAGAUGUAUACUAAUCAGUAUAGCAGCAAUUACACUAAUUAUAGUCACAUGUGUAUACUGCAUAAUCAGAAACAAACUUAAAGCAGCAAAAGCAAGAAGACAAGCAGGACAAACAGAAGCAGAGAGACAAGAAGAAAAAAGAAAAAAAGCAGAUGCAAGAAGACAAGCACAAGCAAAUGCAGCAGAUACAAUCGCAGAAGCACUUACACCACAGAUAUUAAUAGAAGCACAAGCACAGGCUGUCAAGCAAGUACAAGCAGAAGAAGAAAGAAUACAAGCAGAUGCAAGAAGACAAGCACAUGCAAAUGCAGCAGAAAGAAGACAAGCAGAUGCAAUAAAAAAACAAGAAGAAGAAAAAAGAAUACAAGCAGAAGAAGCAAGAAAAAAACAAGAAGAUGCAGAUAAAAUUGAAAAAGAUAAAAUAAGAUAUGAAAGGGGAAAAAAACAAGCAGAAGAAAGAAGAAGACAAAGAGAACAAUUUAAAUAAAAAUUAAUUAUAACCCGACUAACACCAUCUUAUAUGAACAUGACCAAUUAAUAACGAUCGGGAUCACAGGCAGACCAGGAACAGGUUAACUUAUGACUAUGUGAUCUGAAUAACCCGAAUUUCGAGGGUCA